AUGGAUGAACCGGAUGUCCAAGUUCAGCAAGUCGAUAGCCAAAAAGAUGAUGCUGCGCCACUCAAAUCGGGUGCUAAAGUCCGAUCUACAACGAAGCCUGCACAAAUUUUGGCAAACCGACUAGUGUAUACAGCGCAGUUACCUCAACUUACAUUAGAUGAGGUCAAGAGAAGUUCCUCUGGAGACUGCUGUAGUUCACACAACAGCUUCAUUAGGCCGGGUCGAUUAUGGCGUAUUAUCAGCAUCAAACCAACGCUAAACGACGACGACUGCGACUUAACAUCUGACGAUGAUGCCAUUUCGACAGUAGGUAUUCAGCAGGUUUGA